AUGUUACUUCUUAUGCAACAGCAACAGCAAAUGAUGGCCACAAGUAUGCAACAACAACAACAACAAAUGAUGGCCACUAUGAUGGACGCCAUGGCUCAAAAUUUGGGCAUACCGCAACCGGAACCACCUGCCAUAGCCACGCCCGUGACCAACCCGAAUAACCUAUAUGAGCGGCUCCAAAGGCAUAGGCCACCUACUUUUGCCAGCACCCACUGCCUAGAGGAAGCGAAAUACUGGCUCAACCGAGUCACCAAGUUAUUGUGGCCUCUCCACUGUUCUAAAGUGAAAAAUGUAGAGCUUGUCUCAUAUCUCUUUGAGAAGGAGGCGGACCUAUGGUGGGAGAGUGUCCUCCGAUCCACUCCCGAGAACCACAUAUGGACGUGGGAGGCAUUCGAAGCCUACUUUAAUGAGAAGUAUAUCCCUCAAUCGUAUCAGCAUGAGAGGAAGAAUGAAUUCCUCCACUUUCAACAAGGGGGCAUGACAGUAGCGCAAUAUAAAAAUCGCUUCACAGAAUUGUCGCGCUAUGCUUUUGAGAUGAUCACCAACGAGGCGAUUAAGAUGAUGCGAUUUUCGGCAGGGCAAAGGAGAUGUAUCCGCUCCAAGAUAUGUUGUGCUAGCAUCAGGACAUACGCCGAUCUUGUAGAGAUGUCCAUAAGGGCGGAGCAGGAUGAGGAGUGA